AUGGAAGGUGGGCGACAGCAUCAGACUGAAUGCGAACGUAUUCCGGCAUUAGUGGAAGAAAUUAAUGAUAUAUCAUCUUUGCAAAUUAAUCAAGAUGCAAAUCAAAUAAAAAAGACAAUCUCAAAUGUUGAUAAACAAAUUAAAUCUGGUGAUGUGAAAUUACGACGGCCUAAUACGUUUAGUGUGAUGCAAAUUGAAAAUUCGAAUAAUACGAGUGAAAAUAUUAAUGAGCAUGAAAAUAAUAUAGAAGCUACUUAUAAGUCUAUCAACAAUAUUAAGGAUAAACACAUAUCUGCAUCUCAACGUGUUAGUAAUAUUAAUGAAUUUCAAACUAAAAUGGCGGAUCAACCUGUAGUAAAUGCCACAAACACUAAAGAAUUUUCUCAACAGCAUCGAUUACGCGGACAUAAUAAUACUAACGAAAGUAUUGAUCAAUCAAAAAAAAAAAAUGGAUGCUCCCCAACAUCAUUUAGCCGAAAUCAAUAUAGCCGUAAUUAUCAAAACGAUUCAAAAAAGACUAAUCUUAAAGAAAGACAUGAUAAUAAUAGCAAUAUAAGAGAUAAAACUUACAAUAAUGAUAGAAAUGAUUCUCAAAGGAAUAGCUUCCAAAGUGACAAAGACUCCGAUUAUAAUGGCAGAGAAAAUACUAAUAGAAAUGGAAGUAUUUCCAGUAAUAGUUCGGUGAACAACGAUUUAGCUUUUUACAAAGAUACACAGUUGUCAAAAACAAAAUUCAUAACUGUGGAAGUUAUAAUACCAGUAGAUAAUAAUGAGUAUUGGAUAUAUAAAUUAGAGGAUACAGAUGCACGUAUGAACUUAAUGACGAAAUUACAAGAUAUCGCAAGAAAAUCACGUAAUAUGCAGCCGGUCAUUGGUGAGAUUUAUGGCGUUUUACAUGAAACUGUUUGGCAAAGAGCUAUGGUAACAUCUCUGAAUCCUACUAAGGUCCAUUUUAUUGACUUUGGUAAUUAUGAGAUACUAGAAAAAAGUAGUGAGAUCAAAGAUAUUGGUGAUCUGAUCAAAUUUCCUAAGUUUGCUAGAAAAAUUCGCUUGACGCAAGGCACAAGGGAUAAAUAUAAAGAUCUACAGCAAGGCGAGAAAAUUUCUGUUAGAAUGUUGACUUUAAAUUCUGAGAAAACAAUAAUAGUAGAAGUAGAAGAAGAGCAAUCUACUGCAAAAAAUUUAUCUUCAUCUACAGAAAGUGUUUCAAACGGUACAAAGAAAAAAUUAUUACCGCAAAAGAAGGUACCACCAAAUAAAAGUACUAAUCCUUCCACGAUUCAAAUAUCUAGCAUCUUAGAUGCUUUGGCUGAUUUGACACAAAAUAGUUCAGAGUUGCAAAUUGACGGUUUUAUACAAUUUUUUGAAUCCACGCAAAAGAAUGUUUAUAGCGUAACUUUGCUGCCACAAGUUUUCAGUACUGAAGUAACAAUGAUCUUCGAAGAUAUACAAGAGGAAUGUUCAAAAAUACAAAUACCUGCAGAUUACAAACCAAAAGCAGAAGAAUUAGUUUGCGGUUAUAUUUCGACGUAUCCCGAUUCCAUUUUUGCAAUAGACGAGGCAAGAAUUCUUCAAGUAAAUGAAAUUGUACCAUGUCCCAAAAAAUAUUUGAAUAUUUGUGCCUUUGGAGUAAUGUGCGAAAUAAAUCAUUCUACUGUCAAAUUGGAAAUGAACCACAAUUACGAAUUUACAUCAAUUGUAAAUGAGAAUAGCAACAAACAAAAAAGUCUCGAGAUACAAAUAUAUGUAAACUCUGAAGUGAUACAGGCUGUACUAAAGACCUGGAAACCGACAAAUUUAUCAAAUUUUGAGUUAAAGAAUGGAUCUAAGAUAUGUCUUACAAGUUAUCGAAAUCAUUAUUGUAUGUUUGCACGCUCUUUAGAAGAAGUGGAUGUAGAAUAUUAUAAUAAUGUUAUGCAAUCUGUUGCGCAAUAUGCACAAACAGCACCAUACCUAACCGAACCUCCAUCUGAUAAAGAAGUAGUGAUUGCGCCAUUCGAAGAAGAUGGUAACAAUUACCGUGCAAUGGUACUUAAGACACAGAACAAUAAAGCUCAGAUAGUAUAUAUUGAUUUCGGUAACCUAACUGAAAUUGACAUAAAAGAUCUUAAAGUCAUGCCAUAUCAUUCACAGCAACAAAGUUGUGCGGUAAAAGUAAUCUUAAAAGAUGUACCUCGUGAUGUACCCAUGAAUCAAGAAGUUGACAUGUAUCUUCGCCAUAUAUCAGGCACAGAAGUGCCUCUAAUAUGUACAUUUGAGGGUUUAUCCAAGGAUGGAGUUCGUUUGACGAUUGCUGAUACGGGAGAAUGUGUUAAUGAUAAAAUCAAUCAGCUAUUAAUCCCAGGAUGGAAACAAGCAAAUAAUAAUGAUAACACAUGCUAUAUGUUCAAUGACAUCAAACUAGCAAGUUUAGGACAUGUGGGUGAUACAGUGAAUGCAUUGGUAGUAUAUGUAGCGAAGGAGGAUGUAACGUCAUAUAUGAUUGGUCCUGAAGAUUUUGAAUUAAUGACUCAUAUCUUCGAAGUGAUGCCGGCAAUGUUGAAAGAGUAUUGUGAAAAAAUGGAGUAUUAUAUUCCAAGAACGCAAGAAUUAUGUUUGGCAUUGUAUGACGGGAUUUGGUAUCGGGCAGUUUGUCUCAAUCCUAAAGAAUCGCAUAGGACAGCUCAAAUUUUUUUUAUUGAUUAUGGGAAUAUAGAGUUAGUAGAGCAUAAGGAUAUAAGAUUAAUGCCCAAAGACUUCAUUUUACCUCGAGCAUUUGCUAAUAUGUGUAAUCUUGUCAAUUUAGGACCAGUCGACCAUAAUGGACAGUAUUCAGAAGCGGUACAGAAAAAAUUAAAGGAAUUAAUAACGGAAAAUUCAUUCAUCAAAAUUAAAAUUGUCGAAUAUUCUGAAGAUGGUUAUUAUAAAAUCGAAGUACCAGAAGUUCGUGCCAUGCUAAUUAAACACGGUCUCGUGUAGUCUUCUAAAUUAAAAAUUUUAAUUUACUAUAUUUGAUAGAUUAUGUAUUUGAUAGAUUAUGUGAAUCUUGUGUAGAAUUAAGAUAAUUUUUGAUCUUAAGGAUUUGACUGCAUUGCCAUUUAUGUAUUUUAAACAGUGGGCAUAAUUACGUAUUUGAUUAUUAUU